CGGCUGCCGAGCGCACCUCUCCUCUCGGUCCUGCGGAUCUCACGGCCGCUCCCCGGGGCUCGGCACAGCCUCCCGAGUGUGCCGAAUCCCAGCCCGAGCCAUGGUGCUGCCCGACCUGCACAGCGCGGCCGCCAGCGCGGACCUGGCCCGGCUGCGGCAGCGCUGGUGGCUGAACAAGCUCCGCAUCAAUGCCUACAACCGCGACAAGCAGACUCCUCUGCAUCUUGCUUGCAUAAAUGGCCAUGCAGAUGUUGUUCAGUUUCUGGUAGAAAAGAAGUGCAAGCUAAACCCUCGUGACAAAUUGAAUAAAUCACCACUAAUGAAGGCAGUAGAGCACCAGCACAGGGACUGUGCAGCUAUCCUGCUGGAGCACGGUGCCAACCCCAACCACAAAGGUGCGAGCGGUAACACUGCCCUUCACUUGGCCGUCAUGGUUUCUAGCAAAUCCCUGGUGGACCUCUUACUUGAGCACGGUGCAGAUAUUGAGGCUAAGAAUAAAUUGGGAUACACUCCGCUUGCUCUUGCAAUCACUGAAAACUGUGAAGAAAUGGCCAAGUUCCUUCUUCAAAAAGGAGCUGACGUGAAUGCUCAGGAUAAUGUUUUUAGGACCCCUCUUACAAUUGCUACUGUUUCUGGGAAUAAGAAAGCAAAAGAACUUCUUCUUCAGCAUGGUGCUGUUUUUUCUGAGUCAGACAAGGGACUAUGUCAAACUUUCACCAAAGUGGUUCAAGAUGAUGUAGGGGGUCUGGGGCUGGCCGAUCGCAGCGGUUCGGGCGCUCCAGGCCGUGUUACCCGCUCGUGUCCCGCCCGUGUCCCGGUUGCCCGUGUGUGA